AUGCUGCAUAUUUUAAGGUUUACUGCAGGCUUAGUAAUUGUUCUUUUCUUUGUUUUGCAUGCCCUCAAUAGCUGCUCAGUUCAUGCUGAUCAAGGUAGGGAAACAGCUGCUCUAAUUCAAAAGGAAUUUCAUGGAAGGAAAAUUGGAAAACAAAAAGAUAUGGUUUCAAAGGAUUCAGGGAAGAAGAAUGAUGCUGCCAUUAUGUCCAUUGAGAAAUCACAAUAUCAACCAAAUAACCAGGUGAGUGGUGUGAACAAGUUGGAGGCCAAGACAUCGGAAACUCCUAGAGAUGAUGAGGCUGCCAUUGGUAACAAAGAUGAAUCAAAAAGGCUUCUGGAAGCAGCUGAAGAGGUUGUAAACUUAAUGAACAAGGAUUACAGUUACCGAGGGCCUCGUCGGAAGCCUCCGAUCAACAAUCAUGUACCAAGGCAUUGAGUUUCUUUUUCUUCUUGAAACCCUGGCUAGCUAUAGGUUCAUAAGUCCCUUAGCCUUUAUGUUGCAAGGGUAUAGCUUCUGUUUGUUGAGUGUUUCUUCUUUAAUUUGUUUUAGAUGACCAUAAAGGAAUGCAUAGGAAGAAGAAAUGGCAGCUGUUUAAACAAGUAUUUUUAG